AUGAAUCGUCUUUCGCCCUCUUUCUGCUCUUUUGAGACGGUCUUCUCUGCCUGCUUGCAGGCGUUCAUGUCCCUUUCUUCGGUUUUUACCAACACACGAACACAUCUUUUUUGUGCGUUCUCGCGCUCCACGAAGUAUUUCAUCACGAGCCGUCGGUCCUGCCUGCAUGUCACCGUGGUGGAGGUGUUGGCACACUUGCACUUGACGACACUCUUCUCCUCUGCAAUUCGGCAACUACAAUUCGACUUGACCAGCUUCCGAGUGAUCACAUUUCGUACUCCAUUUGUGCAGUUCCCUUUGCUCGGUCUGAGUCUUUCCCGCGCUGGAUGGCACUCGGGAACCGGUGUCAUCUUCUGCUCCACAGUUUCACUGCAACCAUUGGAGCUGGCAGGAUUUUUCACUUGUCUGGUUGUCGUCACAACGUAG